CGCUCAGCCAAUCAGAUUUCAGGAUUUUUGUAACCGGAAGUGCUGAUAUGAAAACAAAUGCGCUCCGCACCCUGACAGCAGUUACCAAACGCUCAGACAAUACAGACAGUUUCGACCAUCUUUUACAGGAAUCAUGCUGAAAGCUGUGGGACAAGUUCUGUUCUCCAGUGGACUACAGAGUCCUAAAUACACAGCACCCAACAAGAAAGAGGUGGGACAAGACUAUGAGACCCGCACCUACGAUGCCACUAAAUGGAUCAGCACCUCUGUGAGUGGGAUGCAGUGGGAUGAAGCCAUGAAGACUGGCUUCCGCAGGCUCUUCAGCUACAUUCAAGGCAACAAUCAGAACAAGGUGAAAGUGGAGAUGACGGCUCCCGUGUCGUGCCGCGUGGACCCCGGAGCCGGCCCCGCAUGUGAAUCUCAGUUCACUGUGUCCUUCUACAUCCCAGAGGAGCAUCAGGACAAUCCACCGGAGCCGAGCACCCCGGACGUGUUUGUGGAGCACAGGAAGGAGUUCACAGCUUAUGUCAGGACAUACGGUGGUUUCUCCAAUGAGAAACUGAAGCGCGAAGAGCUACUGAAACUUAUGGAGAGCCUGCAGAGGGACGAAGUCCAAUACCUGGAAAAGCCGUACUACGCAGCCGGGUAUGACAGUCCCUUCAAACUCACCAACCGCAGGAACGAGGUCUGGGUCCUCAAGAAGGAGAAGGAGUAGGAAGACUAAAGGUCGCGCAACACUCUGCCCACUACAACUGUCAAAUAGUCCUAUUUCAUAAAUUAACACUCAGCACAGCACUUAUAAAUGUCAAAAAGGGAAACAAAAUCAUUGCUAUUAUAGAAGUCUGGUGAACAAAAUGGAAGUUUUAAAGGUCAUACUGACGAGUCGUGAGGACCAACAUUUUAUAUACAUUUUUCCAUGGCUGUCUGUUGCUUUAUUUCCUUUGAAUAAAGGUUACUGAAUUAUAGACUCACUGAAAGUCUUGACAAAGAGACCAAACACAUGAUUACAAGUGCUCUAAGAGGUCAUCAUAAACAAAUAAACCUCAAGCAAAAACUGGAUACAGUGGGACAAUAUCUCCAGCAGGUGGAGCCAAGUAGUCAGGAUGUAUUUCAUGACAAAAACCACCAAGUGCCUGUUUUUUUUUUGUUUUUUUUAAUGAAUCACUUGUUGAAAAUACACUAAUUUACUAAUUUCUUUUCAUUCGGUUAUUCUUAAAAGUAAAAAAAAAAUAAAUAAUAUUGUGGUACUUCUAAAUUAGUUUUCACCUAAACAUUAAUAUAAGAAGACUGUGUGCAGGAUGAAGAAAUAAAGCAGAGGUUCACGUUUUCAAGUCUGUCUUAAAGCAGUAAUUGUUCACUGUUGUGGUUCCUCCUGUCCGUACUGGCUGCUAAGAGAUUGUUUGAUGAUGGGGGACAAAAUCCAUAGUCCUCUAUCUGUGUACAAAUACACUCUCUCAGUUGAGCCAAAAUCAAUAUGAGGCUUUGACAGUCAGUUAGUGUAGUUAAGCAUCUUCCAAAUUACAGGAAACAGUGUUUGUGAAAACACAAAGAAGUACUUUUGUAUAAUUGUUUUUUUUUUUAAAUAUAAAAAUCUACUUGAUAUGCAUGACUUCAUUUUUACACAGAGUUAAGACUGUGCAACAUUGGAAUCACCUCAGGAAGGGAUCUCUCUCUUUGCAGCCAGUUUGGCGAGGAGGAGUGAUUGCAGCGACCAAUAACACUUUCAUUGUGCAAAUGGGCACGCUAGUGUUGUGUUAAGAUAAACUUGAAAAAAAUGUGAACCUAUCCUUUAACUUUGUAGGUCACCUGCAAACUGUGACAGCAGGUUUCUAUCUCCUGUCAGUCGGUGUUCCUGCUGUGAAGGUGACUCUGGCUGCCUGCCUGCCAAAAUGUUGGUGAAUCUCAGUUAAUCUGAUCUCAGACCUCACUUACUGUCACCGCCAUCACACUUGUUGUGAUGAGCGACUGAGUCAUUGUAAAUCUGGACCAGUCAUACCUGCAUCACUCAAGUCUCAGCAACAGAAAUAAAAUCAUCCCCCUGAUGAAUUAAUGAGUGUGCAGUUACCUGCCUGCGUUGUUUAACAAAGAAUGACACUUAUAAGCUAACAUAAACAUAAAGCCUUUUAAAUCUGAGUUUUAUACAUUCAGUUAACUGGUUCCCAACCGGGGGUCCAUGGGUUUAUGGGAUGUAAAACCAUUUUUUUGUCAUAUAUCUCAGCAUUUCAUUCAUUUCUAUUAAUUUAAUAUGUUUAAAGUUUGGAUUAUUAUUUAAGAUAUGAAUUUAAGAAUUAGAAAAGUAUGCAGUUAAAACAACCGAAGAGCUAAUAGAACCAUGGCCAAGUGUCAGGGAGAAGAAAACACUGAAUUUGUCAAAAAAAUAGAAGCCUAUUAAGUAUGUCUGAUUUGUUAAAAAUAAAAAAAAUACAUAUUACAGACAGAGAAUUGCAUUAAAAGUUCUUAAAAAUAAAAGGAAAACUCAUCUGUGAUGCAAUAUUCACAGGAAAUAAUCUGCUCAAAUUCACCUAAAUCACUCGUUUGACGCAAACUUCCUGCAGUUAUUGUGUUCACUAUUUGGGUUAAUUAUCUGUUGUUCUGUACUGUUAUUGUUUUGCAUUGAAUAUAAUGUGAAAUAUCCAUAAUAUGUCACUUAGUCAGGGGCCGUCAGUUUACUGAAUGAUUGAAAAAGGGCCCCUUAAGGAAAAAGGUUGGGAACCACUGCAUUAAAUCAUAUUAAUCAUUAUAUUUAGAGCUCAUGAUGUACUAGAGAUUGUGUGUUUUUAAUCCUGAAGAAGGGAUACUACAUAGUACUUAUAGUAUGAAGGAAUGAUGAAAGAAGCACUGCACUGAUGUAUGAAUCAUGGGGGAUAUUACUUCCCUCUAAAUGAUGUUUAAGAAUGUAAAAUUUAUGAUGUCAUCAAUAAUAAAUAUGCCUCAAAUGA